GUAGACCCGAGCUGAGAGAGGGAGGGAAGAGGGAGGAGAGCGGCGGAGAGCCGGAGGGAGAAAGGGGAGGAGAGGGAGGAAAACCCCUGUCAAGGAGGUGGAGCGAGGGGAUGGUGUCCGCCUCCCGUUCCUCCCUGCCGUUUUUUAGAGGAGCCUGAACCCGGACAAAACACGCCGAGACCGACAGACACAAAGCCGGGGGGUCCACGCUGGCGCUGGAGGCGAGCCCCGGCGGCCGCGAGCGAGCCCGAGGCGCGGCGGGGCGCGGGGCACGGGGGCGCUAGCGGGCGCGGGCCGGGCGCGGGCAGUGCCGCCGAGCCGGGGCUGGGCACCUCGGCCGCUCGGGCCGCGGCGGCGGGGACCAUGCCGAGGAAAGUCUCCUGAGCCCGGCAACUUCGGCCCCUCCCCGCCCCCACCCGGGCUGCCCUCGGCGCGGCCCUGUCCAUGUGCAGCCGGCCGGCCGGGCUCUCCUCCUCGCAGGCGGAUGGGUGACCUUUUCCUGGCACGGGCAGGCUGUGCAAGGCGGCGGAGCAGGCGAUGAAGAAGAAGCAGCAGCAGCAGCAGCAUCCCGGCAGCGGCGCGGAUCCCUGGCCCCAUGGGGCCCCUCUGGGGGGCGCCCCUCCCGGCCUGGGCAGCUGGAAGCGCCGGGUCUCCCUGCUGCCUCUCCUGCGCUUCUCCCUCCGGGACUACGGUUUCUGCAUGGCCACCCUGCUGGUCUUCUGCCUGGGCUCCCUCUUCUAUCAGCUCGGCGGGGGACCCCCGCGCUUUCUGCUCGACCUGCGGCAGUAUUUGGGAAAUUCCACUUACUUAGAUGACCAUGGACCCCCUCCUAGUAAGGCGCUGCCUUUCCCGAGCCAGGUGGUGUACAACAGAGUUGGCAAGUGUGGGAGCCGGACCGUGGUCUUGCUUCUGAGAAUCCUGUCAGAGAAGCACGGAUUCAAUUUGGUUACGUCAGACAUUCACAACAAAACCAGACUUACCAAAAAUGAACAAAUGGAACUGAUUAAAAAUAUAAGUACUGCCGAACAGCCCUAUUUAUUCACUCGACAUGUUCAUUUCCUCAACUUCUCAAGGUUUGGAGGAGACCAGCCUGUCUACAUCAACAUCAUUAGAGACCCUGUCAACCGGUUUUUAUCUAACUAUUUUUUCCGUCGAUUUGGAGACUGGAGAGGAGAACAGAAUCACAUGAUCCGUACCCCCAGCAUGAGGCAGGAAGAGCGCUACCUGGACAUCAACGAGUGUAUCCUUGAAAACUAUCCUGAGUGUUCCAACCCCAGAUUGUUUUACAUCAUUCCGUACUUUUGUGGACAGCAUCCCAGAUGCAGGGAGCCUGGUGAGUGGGCCCUUGAAAGAGCAAAGCUGAACGUGAAUGAAAACUUCCUGCUUGUGGGGAUUCUGGAGGAGUUGGAAGAUGUGCUGCUUUUACUGGAAAGAUUUUUACCUCAUUACUUCAAGGGUGUGCUCAGUAUCUACAAAGACCCAGAGCAUAGGAAACUUGGAAACAUGACUGUGACCGUGAAGAAGACCGUCCCCUCUCCUGAGGCUGUGCAGAUUCUCUACCAGCGAAUGCGAUACGAGUACGAGUUCUACCACUACGUCAAGGAGCAGUUCCACCUGCUGAAGCGCAAGUUCGGACUGAAGUCCCGGGUCAGCCACCCCGUGCUGAGACCCCACUUCUUCCUUCCGACCCCAUUGGAAACAGAGGAGCCGAUUGAUGACGAGGAACAGGACGAUGAGAAGUGGCUCGAAGAUAUUUAUAAGAGGUGAUGCCAGCUCUGUGUUGCCUCCAAUGGCUUAAUCUCCCUUUCCAGAAAGUUUUUUGUUUGGGGAAGCAAAAUCCUUAAGGGACGAAAUUAAUGCUCGGCAGCAUUAAAAAGAACAAAACGUUCCCACAGGUUGGGGUCAUUGGGAGAUGCCCGGUUUUGCGGGUUUUAUUUGUUUGAUUUUAUUCUGUGUUUUUCUGGCUCCUUGGGUCCUUCUGAGGUACGCUACAUGGCUCCAUCACAAGGCAUCUCGUCAUAAAAUAGCUUUUCUUCCCCCAGCAUAAACGAGAGAACGCGGAGAAAUAGCGCCUAUAGCCCAGUAACUUAUCAUUUGUAAGAUGACCUAUAAAAAUAUUACCUCAGUGGUAGGAAACAUCCAGACUUGUAUACUUCAGUAGAAACACAAAACCAGUUCAGAGACCAGGGAAUCUACUCUAGAAGGAUCUAAGAGGAGACGGUCAGACAGAUAAGGACAUCAGAAGGAAGGAUGUCCCUGGGUAAGUGGUUUCUGCCCACAUGGGUAGAAUUCUGCCUCUGGUCCAUCUCAGGGGACACUUUCACCAAGAGCAGCACGCUUACUAUCUCUGAAAGAGCAAGUAGGCUUGUGCCGCACCCUUCACCAGUCCAGAGCCUUGAGUACCUCUCAAGGUCAAAGCGCACAGCAAACUCCAUUGAGACAUUUCAUUUCCGAGCACCAUUCUGACAGAUUUCAAAGUAGCAUAGCCAGGAAAAGAGUUUGUUGGCUGUGUAGAGAAGAGCACAGGCAAGACAGAUCAACUCUGGAGGACAUGUGGCCUAGGAAAAUGGCAUGGCUGUGUCCUUUGCACCCUAUAUGAAGCAUGUCUCUUACCAGCAUUGCUUUAACUGGAAACCCAGGAACCAAUUUUGCUCUGACAUUUGACUCCUGUGGCGUAAGUUCCAAGUCUGACCACAGACGAUGCACGAUCUAUCAGGCACACCCCUGGCCAGCUGUGUCCCAAAGCAGCUGGUAUCUUUUACCUUCUGAUCCCUUAAGAGGUACUUGUUUUUGGUGUUUUGGGGGCUCAGAAAGGGAUACUGAGUUCUGUGCAGGCAGCAGUGGAAAUACAGUUCCACUUAUUAGGGAAGCAACUCCCUGCUGAGAACCCCUACUAGGACAUCGGGAAGAGAAGCAGGAGCUUCUGGGUAAGAGACUGCUUGGCUAGAAUUAUGAGUAGUUGUCUGCCCCCAAAGUGAUCUGAGUAGAAGUUGGGCAGUUCCAUUCCUCCACAAUAUCUCUUCCCCAUCCCAUUCCCAUCACCUGCCCAUCUCCGUGAUGCCUUGGUUCAGUCAUUAGAAAUCUGUUUCUUUGGAUUUGAGAUGUUUUCAUCUUUGACCACCCCCGCCCCGAAAAUACAUAUACUCUUGGGUGGAUAAUAUAUAGCCAGCUGAGAAGCAGGGGUGCAGGUGCUGGUGACAGGCAAGGUACUUGGGACAAAUUUUGUCUCCUUCAUGUUUUUUCCCUUAGAGCCAGCCCUUCAAGAGCACUAGCAAAGUGUGAGUUGGGAAUACUUAAUAGUAAAUAAGACUGACUUUACACAAGCUACACAUUUUCUGCUUUUCAGAAACCAACAAGUCUCUCUAGAAUUUUUUCUUCGUUCACUAAAAUUGGACGGUAGCCAAGAUAUAAAGCAAGUCGUUUGGAACCUGUCAAGUGUGCACUAAAGCUACUUUAUUAUGAGAUGUAUUGAGAAGGCUCCACCCCGCAGGAGUCCAGUGAAGGCUGGGACCACAGAGGCACAGAGUCCAGCAUUUGGCCGCUUGUGGGCCUCCUUUCUGCCUCAGAGAACUGGGGCAGGGAAGUGAUGAAGGGAAAUGUUCUUAGAAGAGGAAAUAUCCUUUGUCCUGUUUAGAGAGACCAGGGCCCUACCAUUAGGCUUACUUUAAAAAUCAACCCGGAGAAGAGCUAUCAUACUAACAACAGAGCAAGAGCUGCUGCCUGGUACCUUGUGAGUCCAUUCCUUUGAAAUCGCAUAUAAAGAAUGAUCGUUAGUUUACACACUGUGCAAUCUCAUUAUCUGAAAAUAAGGUCUGCUAAGUGUUCUCUGCUGUUGUCAGCACAUCAGGACAAUUCGUCAUUUAAAAAAAUGCAUCCUCUCAGUGCAAGUUCACAUGGGCACUUCUGCCUGUGUGUUCAAAGGCAUUUAUUGUCAGCAGUGAUCAUUAUAGCGUCACAGCGAACGAGGCUGGCUGAUUUACUUACAGGGCCUUAAUGUAAUUUUGCCCCAACAAACAGCCUCUAGGCCCUAAAAGUCGAGGCACUUCAUCAGUUUGUCUGGCACACACGACAACGUUUCUUUGGCCCUGAGCCCAACACAGUUUGUACUUCAUGAAAUAUAUUGUACAUUUUACAUAGUUUAAUUUAAAAAAUACAUUUUAAGCUGGUAGAUCUUUGACUGCCUUAUUUAUUAUAAGCUUUCAGCACAUUCCAAGGUUUUAGUUACUCAGGAAGGAGUUAAUUAAAAUGAUUUUAUUUUGGUCUGAUGGAUGUUUUUUAAAAGGAAAAUUAUUAUUAUGAACCUUCAGCCUACUUUCCUUGAGUGCCGUAAAAGUGCUUGUAAAUUGUUUUGUUUUUUUUUUUUAAGAAGAAAACAUGGUGUUUGACAUUGAUGGAAAUUCAAAAAUAUAUAUGGAACUGAAACAUUAGCUUAGCUAAAAUAAAAGCAAUCUGUGUUUGA